CUGGACCAGUUCUAUGCUCUGGCAUGAAUUUCAUGGCUGCCUUCCUGCCCAGGAAUUGUCAAAAGCAAGAACCUCCGCAGCCACGCUUGCUUGGUGAGGAAGAGGAAGACUCUCUCUCACUCUAUAAAUAUUAGCAGGAAGUUGUUCGACUUCCAUGGGGGGUGGCAUGUACUGAGAACAUCAUGUACAUCACAAGGUCCCUUUCUCUUUUCAAAAGAGACCCUUCAGCUCUGUGCCUGCCACCUGCGGAGGGCCCUAAUUCAGGCUACCUUGUUGUCCACCAAGACCAGGAAGAUGAGGAAGAGGAGAAGGCCACCAAAACUUAUUGCUUCGGGCUGUGCAAGGACACCAGGUGCAGGGCUCUGCCCUUCCCUCAAGACAGGAUUCUAACCCUGCAAUAUGUGGAGAGUCUGGGACAGACGGCCGCUGUUCACCUUGACAAGACCUUCUUCUUCCCGGUUCUGGGACAGCCCUUGUCAUCCGACCUCUAUUAUGUCGUAAAAGCAGAUGGCAAAGGAAAAGGGUUAGUCCACACAUGCUCCACGGAAGAGAACAUGAGACCCUGUUGCUUCUGCAGAUGCAUAAGGGAUGUGAAGCCCAAGCUAUUCAACCCCAGCAAUGUCUACCAGCAGAUGAAGAUAAUCGACCGCCACCGUUGUCAAUUCACCGCUUCUUCCCUCGCCCCCGACGGCUUCCCCCCAGAGUGCUUGCGCAGACGCGGCUGGGAAGCUCUUGCUUCAAACCUGCCGGGAAACCUGAAGUUAACCGAAGCGAAUGGCAUGAACACCCAUCUCAGAUCAAGGCUGCCCGAUUUCAACUUCCCGGUAUCACGGAAGGGCUCCAGCAUCGCCACCGUGGGAGAAUGGUACUGCCCGUUCGUGUUCAUACGAGAAAUUGGUGGGGAGCUGACAAAUGUGGAGGAUCAAAUGAAAGCGAGUUUGUUUUACAAGAUGAGCCUUGAACAGCAAUGGGUUGAGAUCUUUGCGGCAGAGAGGAAGGGAAGCGAGACGAGGAUGACGGUUAAUACGAAAUUCCGGAGGGAAGAAGCUUUGCUUGGUGGGGUGGAGGCCAUGGUGGAUGAAGGGAGGAAAGAAGAAGAUGGUAUGGUGUGGAUGAGAAGCAACAAGAGUGUGGGAGGCUUGAGUGGAAUUGGAUUGAGCGCAGUGAUCCUGGAGAAGAUGAGAAACGAGCAGGGACUGAGAGAAGGAGAGGAGGCGAAGGAGGUGAGGGAGGUGAGAGAGUUCGAUUGUGAGAACAGUGACCAGUGGAAUGAGUUCAGAUGCUAUAUUCUUUUGGAGAAGUAUGUGUUGAAGCGGGCAGAUGGCAGUGUGGUGUUCACUUGCAGUUAUAGGCAUCCCCAUCAAAUUAAUCCCAAAUGGGAGUGACUGUUUGUGGCUGUCACCAAUGGUGACAUAUGUCCAUGGAGUUGCUUAAGUUCUAGGUCUUAUUUAAAAUGAUGCUUUGUUGUAAACUUAGUUUGAAAAUUGAAAAACCUUAGAAGCAUAGUUCCUGAUGUGCUUUCAGCCAAUCACUUGCAACCAAGCUUGUGGUAUUGAUAGGAAAAGCAUGUAUUGGUAUGUAUGUCUCCUCAUGUAAGCUGUUCUAUGUAUGUGUAUAUGGGAAAUGAGUUAAAUAAAGUUUAAUUUUAGAA